CAAUAUCCUUAAAGCAGACACAUAGUCUGCAUGGUUUUCAUACUUAAAGCUAUACGAAAAAUUGAACUAUAGCAUUACUCUUCCCCCGAUUACACUCGUUGUGGGUCUUUUCUCGCCGCCGGCAGAAAUGAAGGGUUUGAUAUGGGCUACGGCAGAAGACAUGGCAAAAAACCGUGGGCGUGUUCUGUCCUUGUAUCGGGAGAUACUGCGAAGCCUCAACUCUCCCAAACUGGAACUGAGUUUAGCAGCGAGGCUUUCGAAGAAGGCGGAGGCUCGUGCCAUUUUCAUGUUGGGGUCUGAAGAGCGAUCCAUUCACAACAUUGAAGACCUCAUUGACACUGCUGUGUACGCGCUUUCUCACUUGAAAAAGGGUAAAAUCCCCAAACAUAUUCAAUGAAUAACUUCUUAAUUCUUUUGUUUGCAAUAGUUCCUAACAUGUUCUUGAUUGUUGGGAGUUUGGAUUGAUCUGGAUUAGAGUUUUGUUGUUUGUGUAUUUGCCUGGACUGCCGGCUGUCGCCGUCUACUACCCACAUUUUUCCUCCCACCACCUGCUCGACAUAUUUCCCAAACCAAUUCCGCCCAGCACACCCACGUCCAACCCACUGCGCGUGCCACCAAUGGGUUUUGCUGUGGUGGAUGGUGGUGUUUUGUUGGGGAUUAGGGUUUUUGUGGUGGCUUGAUGGUUGUUUGUCCGACAUUGAGUUGAUCUGGGGUGGAUUGUAGUUGCGAUUGCUAGAAUUCAAACCUUU